GAUCUGAACUGCAUUUUUGAAUUCAUCAUUACUUACAAUGUCACCAUCAGAUGGAAAUCCAGUUGGAUGCACUCCCCCAGAUGGAGGCUGGGGAUGGGCAGUGGUUGUUGGAGCUUUUUUUUCCAUUGGCUUCUCUUGUGCGUUUGGCAAAUCUAUUUCUGUAUUUUACAAAGAAAUUGAAGGAAUAUUUAAUGCCAGCACCAGCGAAGUGUCAUGGAUAUCUUCCAUCAUGUUUGCUGUCAUGUGUGGUGGAGGUCCUAUCAGCAGUAUCCUGGUGAAUAAAUAUGGCAGUCGUCCAGUCAUGAUUGUUGGCGGCUGCUUGUCAGGCUGUGGCUUGAUUGCAGCUUCUUUCUGUAACACUGUGCAGGAACUUUACUUGUGUAUUGGACUUGUUGGAGGUCUUGGGCUUGCCUUCAACUUGAAUCCGGCUUUGACCAUGAUUGGCAAGUAUUUCUAUAAGAGGCGACCCUUGGCAAAUGGACUGGCCAUGGCAGGCAGCCCUGUGCUCCUCUCUACCCUGGCCCCCCUCAAUCAGGUUCUCUUUGGUAUCUUUGGCUGGAGAGGAAGCUUCCUAAUUCUUGGGGGGAUUCUACUAAACUGCUGUGUGGCUGGAGCCCUGAUGCGGCCAAUAGGGCCCAAGCCAACCAAUGCAAAGAAAGAGAGGUCUAAAGAAUCCCUUCAGGAAGCCGGAAAACCUGAUGCACAAAAAGGGGCAGGUGAUGCAAAUACAGAAUUUAAUGGCAGAAACGCCAAAGAAGAGAAACAAUCAAUUUUUCAAACAGCUAACAAAUUUCUGGACUUAUCCCUCUUCACACACAGAGGCUUUGUACUGUACCUCUCUGGGAAUGUGGUAAUGGCUUUUGGGCUGACUACACCUUUAGUCUUUCUUAGUAAUUAUGGCAAGAGUCAGCAUUACUCUAGUGAGAAGUCCGCCUUCCUUCUUUCCAUUCUGGCUUUUGUCGACAUGGUAGCCAGACCUUCUAUGGGACUUGUAGCCAACACAAAGUGGAUAAGACCUCGAGUUCAGUAUUUCUUUGCUGCUUCUAUCGUUGCAAAUGGAGUGUGUCAUCUGCUAGCACCUUUGUCCUCCAGCUAUAUUGGGUUCUGUGUCUAUGCGGGAUUCCUUGGAUUUGCAUUUGGGUGGCUCAGCUCCGUAUUGUUUGAAACACUGAUGGACCUUGUUGGACCUCAGAGGUUCUCCAGCGCUGUGGGAUUGGUGACCAUUGUGGAAUGCUGUCCUGUCCUGCUGGGGCCACCACUUUUAGGUCGUCUCAAUGACAUAUAUGGAGACUACAAAUACACAUACUGGGCGUGUGGCAUAAUCCUAAUCGUUGCGGGCAUCUAUCUCUUCAUUGGCAUGGGCGUCAAUUAUCAUCUUCUGGCAAAAGAACAGAAAGCAGAAAAGAAGCAGAAAAAGGAAAGUAAGGAGGAGAUGACCGGUGUAGAUGUUGCUGGGAAACCAAAAGAAGUUACCAAUGCAGCAGAAUCUCCAGAGCAGAAAGGCACAGAAGGAGACCCCAAAGAGGAGAUUCAUCCAGUCUGAAAUCACAGAUAAACAGAGGAGCUUCGGACCAAAGACACCUGAAAACUCCUACUGAAGCACAUUCUACUAGUGGUGCUUACCACAGACAGCGGACAUUUCUGUGGAAGUCACACCAGCUGUUCACUGAGGAAAUUUUUAUUUCAUUCUUUUACAGCAGUCAUAAUAAAUAUGUCACAUCCUUUAGGGAAAGGGGAUUUGCCAAAGGUGACAGAAGGCAAAAGCUUUUAUUUGAAGUCAUGUUUAUUAAGGUGUACUUUACAUAUAGUACAAAUCCCUUUUAUAAGAGUAAAGUUUGAUGAAUUUUGACAGAGUAUUUAGUCAAAUAACUACCACCCCAAUAUGAACAUUUUGAAGAGCCAAAACACUUCUCUCUUGCCCCUUUGCAGUCAAUCCCUUUUCCUUACCUACAGCCUCUGGGAGCCGCUGAUCUGAUUUCUGUCCCCUAUAGUUUUGCCUGUUCUAGAGUGGAAUAAAUGGAAUCACAUAGUAUGUAGCUGGCAUAAUGAGAAAUGUAUAUUUGGUCUUUGUCCCUAGUUUCUGGUACACAGCUCCUAAAAUCCUUGGAUUCUCUGGAAUGAUGAGUGUCCUUUGCAUGCUAAUUUGAUGACUGGUAGCUGGGAUCUCCUAGAAGGCGUCAGGAUAGGGGCUGGCCUCCAGAAAGAACAAGGCAUGAGGAGACUUUCAGCCCCACCCUGUGACCUCUGGGGAGGAGGGAAGGGCUGGAAGUUGAGUUCAGUCACCAACAGCCCAUGAUUUAGUCAAUCAUGCCUACAUGAUGAAACCCCUAACUACAGGGUUCAGAGAGCUUCCUGGUUGGUGAAUACAUUGAAGUGCUGAGAGGGCGUGGAGGCUCCAUGUGACUCCUCCCCACCAUAUCUGUCCCUGUGUGUCCUAUGCAUCUCUUCCAUUUGCUGUUCCUGGGUCGUAUCCUUUAUAAUAAAUUAGUAAAUGUAAGCAAAGUAUUUCCCUGAGUUCUGUGAUCCAUUCUAGCAAAUUAUUGAACCUGAGGAAGGAGUCGUGGGAACUGCCAGUUUAUGGCUGGUUGCUCAGAAGUACAGGUGGCAGCCUGGGCCUUGAAACUGGAAUCUGAAGUGAGGGCAGCCUUGUGGGACUGAGCCUUUAAACCUGUGGAAUUUGACACUAACUCUGGGUACUUAGUGUCAGAAUUGAACUGUAGGAGACCCUGUUGGUGUCUGGAGAGUUGGAGAAGUAGCUGUUGGUGUGGAAAAAAUUUGGUGUCAGAAAUGUGUGUAAAAACAGUUUGGAGUAGCCUUCUGUGUCUGGCUUCUUUCACAUAGCAUAAUGUUUUGUGGCUCAUCCAUGUUGUUGCAUUUAUAAGUAGUCCGUUGCUUUCUAUUGCUGAGUAGUAGUUCUUUGUGUGGAUGUACUAUAAUUUGUAUAUCCGUCCACCAGUUCAUGGACAUUUGGGUUGUUUUCACUUUGGGGCUAUUAUAAAGCUGCUAUACACAUUCACACAGAGGUCUGUAUAGACACAUGCUUUCAUUUUUCUUCGGUAAAUGCCUAGGAUUGGGAUUGCUGGGUCAUGUGGCAAGUGCAUGUUUACCUUUGUGAGAAACUAUCAAAGUAUUUUCUAAGUGGCUAUACAAUUUUGUAAUCCAGCUAGCAGUGUAUGUGAAUUCUAGUUGUACUGCAUCCUUGUAAGCACUUGGCAUUGCCCAUCUUUUUAACUUUAUCAAUCUAAUAGAUAUGUAGUGUGUGUUUU